ACUAAAGAAAUAGACCACAACACAUUAAUAAAUAAAUAUAUAUAUAAGGUUGCCACAUGAGCAGCUGUUAUGCUGAUUCAUCACAGGCAUCAAUCCAAGCUCAAAGCAACAGACAUUCCCUCUUAUUACAGUUACAAAUUUAUUACAGUAAAACCCCUCAAAAUAAUAUUAUUAUUCUGAUACUUUAAUUUUACUUUAAUAUUGCCAUUCAGCUCCAAAAAUUACAACUUGCAACCCCACAUGAAACUAAACAACAAAACAACAUUUUCUUCUUCUUUCGGAGAAUCCAACAAACCCCUACUUACUCCUCUCUUUCUCUUCUCCGUCGUCUAAUUCAAUUCCAUGGCGUCCCUUCACGCAUCCGAGCUCGAAUCGGCCGCUACCGACUCCGUAGCUUCGUCUCCUCGGUCCGAACACUUCGGUUCUCAUGACUCACGUGUCCGAUUUAUGUGUAGCUUCGGCGGUAAGAUUCUCCCUCGUCCCCACGACAAUCAGCUCCGAUAUGUCGGUGGGGAUACUCGCAUAGUCGCUGUUCAUCGCUCCACCACUUACUCCGCCCUCCUCACCAAACUAUCAAAACUAUCAGGUAGUUCUAAUGUGACCGUUAAGUAUCAGUUACCGAACGAGGAUCUUGAUGCUUUGAUAUCGGUUACUACUGAUGAGGAUAUAGAUAACAUGAUCGAAGAAUAUGAUCGUGUUUCUUUAAAUCAGAAUCCGCGUUCAGCUCGACUCAGGUUAUUUCUUUUCUCGAAGGAGGACGAUUCAAGAACGAGUAGCAUCAACUCGCUUCUUGAUGGCUCAACAAACAGAGAGCACUGGUUCUUUGAUGCUCUUAAUGCCGGGUCCAGGCUCGAGCGGGGACGAUCUGAAGCUUCUUCCAUUGUUUCUGAAGUACCGGAUUAUUUAUUCGGAUUGGAUAAUUCCGAUGAGACCGCGAUGAGAACCGAGUCAAAGAAUAAGACUCGUUAUUUUUUGCAUGAUAAUGUGUCAGCUUCGGAUCCGGGUUCUCCUGCUCCGGUUAUUUCUUCACCGUUUUGCUCUUCUUCAUCGGCUGUUCCGACUGUGCCUUCUAUUCCUGAUCUUCCACCGGUGAAAACUAAGGUUGAAAAUAUGGAUCCAUUCUUGCGAAAAGGUCAAAUUCCGGUUGAAACCCCAUCGGAACCGAUCGAACAGCCCGUUUCGCAGCCGGUUAUGUAUUCGGGUAACAACCAAGGUAUGCAUUAUAUGCCGAAUGUUCAUUAUCCGGGUCAUGCUGUCCAGCAAAUGCCUGUUUAUUAUGUUCCGGGUUCGGUUCCUCCACAAGGUAAUGUCCAAGUCCAGCCUUUCCAAAUGCGGCCUCAGUAUGUUCAACAAUAUCCAGUAUCAACGGGUCAAUUGCCUAUGGGGUACCACCCACAGAUUCCUGGUAUGGGUCAAGUAUAUGGUGGGGCAGGUAUGAGGCCCAUGACGGCUCCAAUGGAUCCAUAUGACGGUGGACGAAUGGUUAAUCCUGAUGGCGUGACUCAACAGCUUUACUAUGGAGUUAGAAAUGGAGCUCCAGGUAUGAUUCCGGGCUAUCCGGGUAUGAUGUUGCCGGGUGGGGAGGAAUUGCAAAGGACUGCCUCAGAUAUAAAUCAGGGUCGGGUAUCCCAAUCUUGAUUAUAUAAGUGCUUUGCUUAGUUUAAAAUAUAAAGUUGUUUAAAGGUUUAAUGUUUGUUUAUUAUGUGCUAAAAUGAGCUUGUAUGUUGUAAUUAUGUUUUAUUUCAUGUGUGGUGAGAGAAUAUGGAUUUUGCAAGAAUUCUGUACAGAAAACUUAAAUCUGUUAUAAAUUAUAAUGAGUUUCCUUCAAUAUCA